AUGCAUACAGUUAGAAUUAAAAAUAAGCCUACUCCCGAAGGCUAUAAAAUUCUUUCUCUUUGCGAUGCAGGUUACACGUAUGCAUUUAUUUUUACUUCACGAAUUCAAAGUUGUCCAGAAGUAAAACAAAUUCCAAACUUAAACAAAGUCAGAAAUGAGAUUUAUCAUCUUGCUUCCCAAUUACCUUUAAAUAAAACCUUUAAUAUAUAUAUGGAUAACUUUUCUUUAUCUAUUAAUCUUUAUCAAUAUUUAUGUGAUAAUAAUUUUGGUGCAUGUGGAACAGUUCAAACGAAUAGUGCAAAAUUUCCAAAAAUCCUUAAAGUAAAUAAAAAACUAGAUUGGGAUACAUUAUCUGGAGUAAUCGUUGUUCAUAAAAUAAUUAGAAAUGAAAACAGGAUUGAAAGGAUUCGACGUCGACCUCGAGAAACUAGUACUAAUGUGGCAAAAGUACAGGCAAUUUUUGAAACUGCUAGUAUUAUGGUAUUCAAUUGCCAGUUAGAAGAACCUGGAUGCCUUUGUUUUAUUGGCUGUUGGACACUUCGAUCAUCAAUUUCUAUUUAA